AUGGCAACCGUGCGCCUCCUCCGCCCCGCAACCAAUUGCCUCCGAGCAAUCCCCUCCACCACUCGCACAUAUGCCUCCGCCGCCAGCAAAACCUCCCCCUUCGCCCCGCGCCACCUCCUCUCCAUUGCAGACCUCACGCCACAAGAACUCGUCACCCUCGUCCGUAAUGCCGCCGCACACAAAACCGCCAUCAAAUCCGGCGAAACCUCCCCUGCUCUAAGCAAUGCCUUGCUCGGCCAAACCAUUGCCCUCAUGUUCACCAAACGGUCGACCCGCACUCGUGUUAGCACAGAAGGUGCUAUUGCCCGAUUAGGGGGACACGCUAUGUUCCUCGGCUCGCAGGAUAUUCAACUCGGCGUCAAUGAAACCCUUUACGAUACCUCUGUCGUUAUCUCAAGCAUGGUCUCUGGAAUCGUAGCGCGAGUCAACCAGCACGCUGAAGUUGCUGAUCUAGCGCAACACAGCUCUGUUCCUGUCAUAAACGCCCUCUCCGACCUCUAUCAUCCUAUGCAAACUCUCGCAGACUUUUUGACGAUUCACGAGGCCUUCCCUACCAAUCAGACUAUGCCUUCAACCAAUCUGAGUUUGGGAUUGGAAGGGUUGAAGAUUGCCUGGGUAGGCGACGCGAAUAACGUGCUCUUCGACCUCGCCAUUGGCGCCGCGAAACUCGGCGUUCACGUCUCCGUCGCCACGCCACCAGGCUACGGCAUUCCAGAUACCAUGCGAAAGACCAUCGCAGCCUCCGCUCCCUCGCAGUCCCCCCUCUCCCUUACAGAAACAAACGUACCCGAAGAAGCAGUCAAAGACGCAGACAUCAUUGUCACAGACACGUGGGUGAGCAUGGGACAGGAAGAGGAGAAGCAGAAGCGGCUCAAGGCCUUUGCGGGGUUUCAAGUCACGCAUGAUCUGGCAAAGAGAGGGGGUGCGAAGGAGGGAUGGAAGUUUAUGCAUUGCUUGCCGCGACACCCGGAGGAGGUGAGCGAUGAGGUUUUUUACAGUCCCGCGAGUCUGGUGUUUCAGGAGGCGGAGAAUCGGCUUUGGAGUGCGCUUGCGGCGCUCGAGGGGUUUGUGGUGAACAAGGGCAAGAUCGUGUGA